ACGUAUCUUUUAUUAUAUCAUACUACAUUGCCUAAUCCAGCCUGUAAAAUCACUUCUGCUUUUUCAACUGGAUUUACACUCUUUCAUAGGCAAGUUAUUGCCGGCAUUUCUAUUAUUACUUAUCUAAGAGUAUGCAGGCAAAAAAAUUGUGAUACUGGUAGAUAUGAUUGGAAAUUAUUUUUACCUGUACUCAUAAUCUCUGUGGUAAUUUCUGUACUUGCUCUAGAUUCUUAUGGUCCUGUUAUAUAUUG